AGUGCUUUACUUUUUGUUUUGCAGUCUCCUCUAAGCCAUGACCUCAUCCUUAACCUGACUCAGGACGGGAUCAAACUGCUGUUUGAUGCUUUCAAUCAGAGACUUAAGGUGAUUGAAGUAUAUGACUUGACUAAAGUAAAGUUAAAAUAUUGUGGAGUGCAUUUUAACUCUCAGGCCAUAGCUCCCACCAUUGAGCAGAUUGACCAGUCUUUCGGUGCAACCCAUCCUGGAGUGUACAACUCCGCUGAGCAGCUCUUCCACCUCAACUUCAGAGGACUGUCUUUCUCUUUUCAAUUAGACUCAUGGACCGAGGCUCCCAAGUAUGAGCCCAAUUUUGCCCACGGUCUAGCUUCUCUCCAGAUACCCCACGGGGCGACUGUGAAACGAAUGUACAUCUACAGUGGAAACAGCCUACAGGAUACAAAGGCUCCCGUGAUGCCCCUCAGCUGUUUCCUUGGCAAUGUGUAUGCUGAGAGUGUGGAUGUUCUUCGAGAUGGAACUGGACCCUCAGGUUUACGACUUCGGCUACUUGCUGCAGGUUGUGGACCUGGCCUAUUAGCAGAUGCCAAGAUGCGGGUAUUUGAACGUUCAGUAUAUUUUGGUGAUUCCUGCCAAGAUGUUCUUAGCAUGCUUGGCUCUCCACACAAGGUCUUCUAUAAGUCAGAAGACAAGAUGAAAAUUCAUUCUCCUUCCCCUCAUAAACAAGUUCCAUCCAAGUGCAAUGACUACUUUUUUAACUACUUCACUCUUGGAGUGGUAAGUUGUGAUUCCUUAGAGAAAUGUUUCAUUUCUGUGGUGGUGGACCAUGCACCUGGGCACACCUUUGUGUCCACAUGGAGCUGUAACCAUGCCUGGCAGCAGGGAAACUAGCCCCAGCUGGCUUUGCUCAGUGCUCUUGCAUUGGUACCCUAAAGUGGGCCUUCCCUAGCACUGAGAUUGCUCAGAAACACUGGGUCCCUGGUAUGUCUUGGCUUCUUUAUUGAGGGCAACAUGCUGCUCAGGUGGAGGCCGUGGGAAUCAUUCCGGGUAACAUAGUUUGGGAUCUACCCAUUUGUAGAGCAUAGGAGCCUCUUCUGGAGUCACAAAACAGGGAGACUAAAAAAGGGUCAAAGACAGUGGGAAUGAGGGCUCCUGGGUG